GUUUUAUUACACUCUAUCAUGGGACCCACUGUUUGCACAUCGAUGUGCACCGCUCACGUGUCCAAGCUGAACAUGAAACCUUUUCUUUCUUGUCUUUGGAUGCAAUUUCGUUUCCAAGAAAUGGACAUCAACCCAAGCCAAGCCCCCAGCACCAGCUGCAUGAACCGGGUGUUCUCUCCUCCCCACUGAUAACAGUGACCAUUGCAGUGCUGAAGAUAACUCCACUGACGUCUCUCUUUCUUCCGUUUUCCUUUCUUUCACGCUCUCUUGCUAUAUAGUUUUAUACUUGCUUCCUUUUGAUGAUAAGACUGUCAUCCAAGAAAGAGAAAGCAGAGAUUAACUUGGCCUUUCUGGUGGCUUCCUUGAAGGCUUCUCUGCUAUUUGGAUGCAGCAUUCCCUUCAUGCUGCCUCCAGCUUAUUGCUUGGGACAAGUCACUCUAAUUCUCAUUUAUUUCAAUGCCCUGAGCCUCCUUCAGUGUGAAUUUGCAGACCUCACUGAAGGAAUUUCUUACAACUAAUGCUGGAAAAAUGCAGAAAACACCUGUUUAUAUUUGAUUUAGAAAACAAAAGGAAGUUUUGUGUUAGAACUUGCAUGAGUAAGGGCAGAUGAAGUGUGUAUCUGUAAUCAGGCGAGGUAACUUCUGUAAACACAUCAGCAUUGAGGGGUUUUAUCUGGUUUGUUUUCCUUCUGUUGGCAUUGUACCUUUCCCAAGGGCUGGGAGGGAGAGUUUUCCCAAUGAAUCACUGCAGGGGCACAGAACUUCUAUCUGAAUCAGACUGCGUCAUGGGGACUGUGCCCAGCUUUUCUUCCCCUGUUUGUGAGCCUCGGAGUGGUUUCUUCCUUUGACCAUCAGCAAUGAGGUCGAGAGGCCAUGAGGAAGGAGAAGGACAACAGCUGACUCAGGCCAGAAUGUGUAGUAUUAAUGUGUACAAGUAUUAAUGAAACGUGUAGCCAUUUCACUGUCGCUGUCCCACAGCUUUGUGCUUUCACCUCAUGGUGUAGGUCUUAUUUUGGAUUCAAGCUGCUUCAGGUUGGUAGAGCUGUGUGUGGUGGCUGCUGAGUUCCAUGGGAACACCAAAACUCCUGCUGGGAGCAGGGACGUGGCAUCACCUGGAGCUCACCCCAUUCUCUGCGCAGCUUAGGACCAAAGCAGUGACUUGGUUGGUCAAUCUGAGGAACCCUCCUUUCAAAUAGUGCUGUGCUCUACAAGGGUUGCUCAGCACAAGGCUGAGCUCAUUGCUCAUGAUGUUGGCAACGCAAGUCUUGGGCUCUGGCCAUGGUGCUGACUGAGGGGUCCUGGCCUGGGGUCGUCCCACGCUUUCCUUCCUGCCAAGGAGCUGAGCUCAUGUUUCCAAACCUCCCUUCUUCUCAGCAAUCUUUGUUCUCCAUGAAGUCAUCUCAAUUCAACACCCAGACCACGCUGAGCAGCGCCCUUCUGCAGUUCCCUCCUCCCUGUUUUGGAACCUGCUUUGUUUUUCAGCUGCACACCAUGUAAGCCAGUUGCGUCCAUUCCACAAAGGAAACUGCCCUGCACACGCACGAUGCUCGAUGUGUUUACCUGCGUUUCCUUCACCAUAGCAGAGAUUUUGACAGUGCAGUUUCACUUUGACUCACCACCGCUUACUGCUGUGGAAACACAUUGACUCUGCAGUACUACGAAGCAGUCGCAUGAAUGAAUAAAGCACCUUUCCUAAAGAGUGUCCGAGGACGUGGGUGUAUUUCUAAACCUUUAGGAAAUAGCUUUCAUAAUUGCCAAGAAGGUCGUUUCAGGAAGGAAACGUUACUCAAAAGCCUUUUGCACUCUUUGAUGCCGGCAGCUUCCAUAGGGGCAACUUCUCCCAUUUUAUUUUCCCCUCUGGGUCUUAGUCAUUGCCUUUGGACAAAGGAACAUGGUGUAUUUAUGGACUAUCAUAGAACUGUAGGAAUUGCCUAGAUUUCCAGGCUGCUUAUCAUCACGUUUCUUUCCCCCAGUUCCCUACUUCUCAUCCAUCCCUAUUUGCUGUCAGUGUCACCAGGGAAGUGCUGCCCUUCAUUCACCCACUAUGAAACACCCAUUAGCUCUCUCGGCAGCACCCUCUCUGGUGACUAACAGUUUCUGACACAUGAAACACAUUGCUUUUUCUUUAUCAUCUUUUGCUGUCAAGGCACAAAGUUGGACUUUUCACUUCUGGAAAGCAGCUUUCUAGCACUUGUUUGAAUUUGCAGCUUGACUCAUCCCAACCUCAAAGAUAAAUCCCAAAUUACUCUAUGGAAAUUCAACCCAUGUCAUGAAUUGUAUUGUCAUGUAACAUCUAAGAGUCCCGGAAUAGGUUACUAAUGAUGAAUAGACACUUUUUUGUGACCUUUAAUGCAACUUCUACUAUGACACAGUCUUACAUAAGAAUUUCUUAGUAAGUCCUGAACUUCCAUUUGAACUAAACAAAACUGGAAUCCUAAACUAAAAACACUGGUCAAUGGAGAUUUGGAACUUGCAAUAUCUUUUUCUAUUAGAUGAAGGAGUGAGGUGUCACAGCUCAUAGAACUGAAUGGAUUCUUCUAAGUAGAGUCCAAAUAGAAUUUCUAACUGGAGUUUCUAGAGUCAUUAAGAACAUUGCAGUGCAUUGCUUAAUGCUGGGUUAUUUAAGCAGCAGCAGCUCAGCACCAAACAGUCCUUUACCCAGUGGGAAGGAGAAGGGAACUGGGGGAAAAAAAGAAAGAAGUAGAGAGAAAAAGUAGAAGUUUAAAACUAUUUUUUAAGGUAGAAAGAAAUAGCACUAAUGAUGAUAAUAGUAUAUAUACCCGAAGAAGCAAUGCAGAAAGCAGUUGCUCACCACCUGCUGACCAAUGCUCAGCCAGUCCCCGAGCAGCAGCUGCCACCCAGCCAGCUCUCCUCUGUCUUAUAGCUUUCAGCAAGAUGUCAUAUGACACAGCACAUACAUUAGGCCAGUUAGAUCAUCAUCCCCCCUAUGCUCCCCCGGCACCUUGUGCACUCCAGCUCCUUUCCUGCAGGAGAGUACAAGAAGCUGAAACACCCUCAACUCUGUGCAGCACUGCUCAGCAAUGUCUAAAGGAUCACUGUAUUGCCAAUAUAGUUUUUCUUUUCAUCUCAGACACUGUGAAGGAAAUCAGCUCUGCCAGCAGGCACAAGACCAGCACAUCACGGUGAGCUGCAGCUGACAACACCUUGGCAGUGCCACAUUUCCAGCCCUGAGCUCCCAGCUGCUGGGCAUGAAGCUAUGGGUUUUUUUUUUUUUGCUCAUUGCAUGUUGCAGAGCAGUUGAGAAAUCCUGGGUUUUCUCUGCCGGCCCAUUGUGUUCAGAGCAGCAUGUGCUGGUUGUGAUGCUGCGUUGGCAUGUAUUGUGCCUGUCACCCCACAACCCCUGGGAUUCCCCCCAUGCCAUUGUCACCUGCCCCAAAUAGCAGUGGGGUGGAUUGGGGGGGACUGCCUAUCUAGCAUUGCUGUGAACUGGGCACAGAUUUGGUGACAAUGGCAUCAUUGGCCUUAGACAGAAAUGUGGUGGCUGAGUCAGGUUGAAUUACAACUGAUAUUUCCAAGGCAAAACCAAGGAACAAGGAACGAGUUUCAUGAUGCAGAUUCCCAGCAACAGUCACCCCAGAUUUGCUGCUGGCACUGCUGCUCCUUCAGAAAACUAUGCAGGAAAAUAGAAGUGCUCAAGUUUUUCAUCUUCUUGCAUUUUCUUAUUUUGAGCUGGUGGUUUGUAUUUAGUUCCCCCCAAACUGGGAGAUAUCUGGUGGCCAUGGGCUGCACUUUGCUUCUAUGCCACUUCCAGAAGAAGGGAAAUAAUCAGCAUUUGACCCUCUGUGUGUAAGGAAGCAGAGAUUUCUGAUAAAAAAAUAAAAAUGAAAUCUAUUUAAUGUCCACCUGGAUUUAAACAUUCAAUGUAAGGUACCUCCUGCUGGGUGCUUAGAGCACAAAGAGGCAAAGAUCAGCAAGAGAAGAGCUGUGGCAGCGCUGCUUUCCAUGUCCCUUCAGACAUCUGGAAGUGGGAAGUUGGAGAUGAGUCUGAAUGGUGGAAACCCCCCUGUGCUGAAAUAAAUGCUUAAAAAAAGAAGAGAUUGGGGAGGCAGGGCGGGUGUGGAGGAGGAGAAGAAGGAAACAAAUCAGAAGUGAACUUCCCCUGCUGGCUGCUGCCUGCUCAGGACAGAGAAGCGCGGCCAUUCGUUGCCUUUUCCUCUUGUCUGGCCACAAACUAUGAAGUCAAGGAAGGGCGUUUGUUGGUCACUUUGUGUAUGACAAAAUUGUGCUGCUGCAAUGGAUGGAAUCUCAUUUUCCAAGGGUUCACAUGGAUAGGCACACACUGGGGGUGGGACAAUCCUUGUGGCCUUCUGGGAUGCUCAAUGUGAGUGAGUGCUUUGCAUGGCAGAUCCUUCCUGAAAACAUUUCCCAUGUUGAUGUGCCACAUUUCCAUUAAGAAAUGAUAAAUGAGAAGGGAAACCCUUUGCUCUCUCCAUCCUUCUGUGCUCCUCCUCGUCAUGGGGAUGAAACCUCAAGGCUGUGAAAUCUGCACCCUGAACUGCGCUCAGGGCAAUAUUAACCCCAGACCGAAACCUGCAUGUGAGCUCUGGGUGAUGCACAGCUCAUGCAAUGAAACAUGUUUCGGUUUUAGUGAAAGGUAAGUGGAUGUGAGUUGAGCCUGGUCAUCAGGAUGAUUAAUUUGUUCCCCAGAUAAUUGAAAAAAUCGAGCUGAUAGCUGUCAGUUUCUCCUCUAUUAGGCAUCAUUUAGUGCCUGUGCUGUCAGCACGUUUCAUGCUUCCAGGCAAACACGGCUCUAUGAGACACAGUGCUCAAAUUUGGGGCUGAUUGCAGUUUGAGUAGUCAAAAUGAAGAACUUUUCUCCAGUUGUGGCUGUGUUUUAUUUCAUCCCCCUUUGUUCACCAUCCCCAUCCAUUGCAGAGCACACACAGACCCGGGCACUGCCUUGCUUCUCCAACAUGAACUCUAUGGAACCCCCCAAACUGCAGGAACAAGUGAAACGCUGCAAUAGAUGGUAACAAGAAAAUGGAAAUCCUGAUUGCAAAAGAGGAAAAGGGUUUGAAAUUAUAACUAAGCCUACAUCCAAAUUCUACAGGGAAGAUGUGUACAGGGCUUCUUGUGGGUUUUAAAAGUAGAAGUCGAUGUUAUUCAAUUGCUUUUCAUGCACAGCUCUCCCCCCAAGGAACACUCUAUAGUACAGUUUCGUUUCCCCGCGAGGAGCUGAGCCCUGCUGCCACUGCAGCUCGGCUUCACUGCCUCCUCUUGCCUUGCAUCACUGUCACCAUUUGUUAGAGGAUCCCAGUUGUUAAUAUGUCACACACCCACAUCAAAAGGCUUCUCAAACCUCCUGGAAACUGAGAAGCCUCAUUGAUUAAAGCUGAGUUUAAUCUCAUUGGCUGUUUUGAGUCUCUGAUAUCGGAGAUGUGUGUUGUUUGAGAAUGGAUGUGUAGCUCAGCACGGGCGCUGAUCUUUGCAUCAUGCAUCAGUGGGAGCUUUCAUUCGUGUGCAGCAGCAAGGCAGAUUUUCUCAGGCUCUUUAACCCCAUUUUUUGCUGAAAUGCUGAUUUCCUUAUCACGGUGGGGAAAAGGGAAGAAGCGAACCAUCAAAGCUCACUGUGAAAUCUUGGUCAAACGAUCACGAGCACAACGUGUGCUCGAGCAGGGACUGCAAAGCCUUAUGGAAACCUCCCUUGCUGCUGUGGGGUUGGGGCAGGAGCAAUUUGAUUCCCCAUCCAACUCCAGGGGUUGGUAGGGAUGAGUUCCCUGCUUCGCGCAUGCUUGGUGCACCUGCCAGGAUUAUGAUGCUAUGAUGUGCCUUGUGCGCUUCCCUUUGAGGAAGAUGGAACUGAUGACAACCAGAACAUGAGUUCAUGCUUUAUCAAAGCUGGGUUAGCAAGUAUUUAACCCUCACCACCCCCCACUUUCCUACUCUGGUGACUAAAUUAAUGGUUUUCUGCAGAACAGCUGUGCCGAUGCGCAAAACCCCUCCGCAAAGAUGAAUCUUAGAGGAAAAAUAUUAAAAAUCUCUCUCUUUUUUUACAUUUAUUUUUAACCUCUUUAGGUAAAAUCCUGGCUUAGUGGUAGCAAUGCCAAGAGUGAGUCAUGUGUGUGACAUCACGUCGGCACUAUGAAGGCGGUGGCUGAGGCAGCGGCACUUUCUGUGAUGCACAGCCAGGAGUUGGGGACAGACAGAAAGGACAGCAGGACCCCGGAGCAGAGAAUGGGAUGUAUAGGGCUUCACUAUCGCUAUCCUACAUGGCUGAAAGAGCUGCAGAGUGAUGGUUGGGGUGUCCCCCAUGGGAUGCUCUGCAGCAGGGUGGUGUCACACCUUGGGGAUGCUCUCCCAAAGCCCUGUGGGGGUGUUGGUGGUGGGGCAUGAGCUGCUUUGUUUGCAUAUGUGAUAAGCAAUGAUAACCCUGGGCUGUGUGUUGGUGUCCUGGCCAACAUAGGCUCUCCUAUGUUGGAAAGGAACAUGCCUGGCAAGGUGGAAUGCCUACAAGACAUUACAACUACAAACUUCAGGGUAGAAGCUUUGGGUAGAGGAAGAUCAAAGCUUUUGGGCACUUUACUUGGGUCUCAAACCCUGAUGUGAUCCCUGGCACUGCCACCCUGCAUCAGUGUGAGUUUGGCUCCCUGGGCUUUGGGCAUCACUCAUCCCUAGUGCGCCGGGUGAAGCUGAGCCUGGGAGGCAGAGAGCAGCCUGAAUUUCAGUAUUAUUCAAGUGGUUUUGGUUAGAAACGUGACUGAGAAGAGGGCACACAUUGUACUGCACCUAUCAGCCAAUUGCUCCGCGCAGAACUCUGAGUCAUUUGACGAGUUUACUGAGAAAAACAAUUUUCUACUUUUGUCAGCAGCUGUGGCUGAGCGGGCGGUGCUGCUCUGAUAGCAGCUCCCUGGUUUCUGUCGAGAAUGGAUUGCAGUAAUUAAGAGAGAACAGAGCAGUCAGGUUUUCAGGGCUUGGAUGGAGCACUGCAGUGUGUUUCCAUGAGAGCAGCAGCUCAUACAAGGUGGGGAUUGCCCUCCCCCCUGGGUUUAGAGUUCCUAUUUGUUCCAAUGGGGGUUGAGGUGGGCUCUGGGUUUGAGAGUCAGGCAGUAGCUUGACAGUGAUCCCUGACAUUAGGCAAUGUCUUGAUCAGCUGCAUGAUCACCAAUGGAGAUGGCAAACCCUACCAUGUGCUUUUCCCAAACAUUUCCCCUGCCUGGCUGAGCUGGUAUUUGUGGAUGUUCCCCUGAGGCAUGGCACGAAUUGCUCCCUGAGCUCACAUAUUAUUGCAGCUCUCUGCUAUUACAUCUGGAUUCUUCUUUUAUUAAAAUGAGUGCAGGCAUUUCUGUCGUUCAUGUCGUCUCAUUCUGGGGAUCUGUGUACAAAUCAUUAUCAGCUUCAGAUCUGAUACGAUGGAGUACCUAAAACUGCUGUGAAAUGAGUAAUGCAACUGAAUGACAAACCAAGGACGGUCUGCAAAGCAUUAUCAGCUCUUAUAGCAUGAAACUACAUUGAGACGUGCUAUUGAAACACACAUUAUCACUCUGAAAUCCUUUACUGGAAAUCUAGACUCAACCUGUGUGUGUGGUCAGUCAUUGACAGAGCAGCUCCUAUCCAGAUCAGGGGAUCAUGGUGGUGGUUUUUUGGUUGGUUGCUUUUUAGGAUGAAAUAAAAGCUUCUGGAUCUCUGAAUGAUUGUGGUGUUGGGGCCAGCAGGGGCUGGUUGAAGUGCUGCUCAAUGUCUGCUUUCCUCUUCUGAUUUGAGAUUUGGAGGCAAAUUAGUGAUGUGGAGGGCUUGUCCUCUUACCUUGUAACCCCUGAUCAUGGUGACAGUGGAGAUGGCAAACCCUACCAUGUGCUGCUGUGACCAGUUAUUUGGAUCCAGCUGCUUUCUGGGCUGUCUGGAAGGAUGGAACAGGGACAUAUCUCAUCUCCAGGUUGUAGCCACACAUCAGAGCCUGAAUGACACUGCAUAUGCCCCAGGCAUCCAGUUCCCACUCUACCAUCUGAUCUCAGCUGCAUCAUCACACCGUGCUUCAAAAAUCCCUACUUCUUUUUUCCUCUUCCUUUCCAGAUAGCAUGAGCCACGGCUUGCUGGUUUAUUGGGGAUAUUCUCCUGCUGAUGCAGCUGGCACAUGGUCCAGACCCUCUGCUAUGUGUUCUGAAAGGGGAAAACAGAGCAGCACCCCAUCGCCCAUUGACUUCCCCCAUGGGGUGGAUUUUGCAUUGGGUUCCUCACACAUUAGUGCUUGGCUAACUGGGUGCCAGUUACCAAAAAGGAAAAGGUUUUGUUACCAAAAGGAAUAAAGAAAAAUCCCUUCUUCUCAUCUGCAAUUUACAUAAUGAAGUAAGAACUCACUGCUCUUCCCUCAUUUCCCUGCAGGGCUGGGUGUGCACAGUGUGCCUGGGAAAGCUGCAGGCACGUUUGGGUUCUUGCAUGCCUCUUCCUCUGCUCUGAGCAAAAGUUUUGCUGCAAUUUUAACAAGCAGCAGCUGGGGAUUUGGAAAGGAAGGUGCAGAUUAACAGGUAUGAGCUGCUGAGGAUUGCCCCAAAGCUUUGACAAGAUGACAUGCAGCCUGAGGUGGGUGUGGAGCUGCCUUUGGCUUGUUUCUUUUAUAGGGAGUAGGGAGGCAUGGUGGGUGCAUUUGUGGCCAUUUCAGCUGUAUGCAAUACAGCCUGGGCAUAAAGCCUAUUUGCCUGCCCUGGUGUGAUGACGGAUAUACUCUCAAGAUUGAGUUUCUUUAUCAAUAAAUUACUCAGCCAGCAAAACUCAGUGGCCCACAGGUGUUCACACCCCAUCCCUGUAUUGCAACAGCUGUGCCCCCAAGGGUGCUGCUCUGCACCAUUGUGGGGAUGGAGGUUGCCCCAGCUCCACCAGUGCAUCCCCAUUGGGUACAGGCAGCCCGAGGAGAUUAUUUAGCUGCUCAUUUGUAUGGCUAUGUCCAGAAGGAAUGAACAACCAACCAGCCUGGGCUGUGUGUAAUGAUCACCUCCAUUAACUGAGCUCUUGGAAACCAUCUUGUGGCCCCAGGAUGUUGUCUCAAAGCUCUUUGUACCCAAACAUCUCUGGUCCCCUAACACUGAGGAUGUGCUUGUGGAUAUGAGCAUCCACCCACCCCAGGAGUGAGCCUGAGAGCAGGGUCCCCUAAAACAUGGGAUAAAGGUCCCACAUGCCAGAACAGAGCUGGAGAAUGGUUUCAGCAUCUUCCCAACCCCUGCUGCAGGGCCAGAUGCCUCCCACCCAGGUACAACCCAAUGGCUGGAGCUGCCACCCCAGCCUGGUUCUUCCCUUCACUCCCAUCCUCCCAAUGCUCCGUGCCAGUGUCUCCCGCCCCCAGAUGGUAGGGAAACACCUGUGGGUGAAGGAGUUAGUCCCUAUCGCUUGCUAAUUAAUUCAAUGAAUUGCAAAGGGAAAUAGGAGCUGGGAAAAGCAAGAAAAAUCCCAAAAGUUAAUCCAUGAGCUGUUUCCUCCCAGUUCCUGGAUAAAAACACGUCCUUCGGAGCUCUUUGGGACAGACGUCGGUGGGACAGGUUGACCAGUGCCAACGGAGCAGGUAAAGUACUGGCUUUAUCCUUCCACUAUGCAUCAUCUGCAUCUCCUAUAACCAGGUUCUGCAAGGGUUUUAUUUGUGAGUGUCAUUGUGAACGCAACCUACGUUCAUAGUAUCCAUGCUGUUCCAUAGGGAAAGUGUAAAUAUUCCUUCUUUUUUCUCUCUCUCUUGUUACUGGCAAAGAAAGAAGAAAUGGGUAAGAGAUAUCAUUCAGUGUUGCUUUUAAACACAUGUACAUGCAUGUGUACCAGCAGUACUGUAUAAAACCUGUGUGUUUCCAGAAAUAUGACUGUAUAGUUUAGUUGUUGGCUACAAACCUUGUCAGGUGUACGUUCACUUUCAGUCUCAAUCAUUUACACACAUGAGGUGAGCAAUGAAUGCUAAACUAUUUGUUAGAAGUCUUGAUAAGAACUGUUUGCUAUUGGGGGGAUUAUUAUCUUUUGUGCUUUUUAUUCUUAUGUAGAGGGAAGGUGGUGAGGAUACAUCAGGUAUGCUGGGCUCCCGUGUGCUGCUCUGCCUCUGCACCAUGACCUGCUGCUUCACCAUGCUACCCACAGCUGGGAACACCAUCCUCCACUUUGGCCCCUGUAGGAUUUCGGUGAGCAUGGGUGAGAUCAGGACUAGCUUCACCGCCAUCAAAACCAACAUUCAAGCCCGGGACCCCAUCAGGACGCUGAGCAUCUUGUCCCACCCACAUUCCCUGCAUAGGGUCCAGUCUUCAGAUAAAUGCUGCAUCGUCCACAAAGUUUUCAACUUCUACGUGGACAAAGUCUUCAAGCAUUGCCAGACCGAGAGUUCCUACAUCAACCGAAAGAUCAGCAGCAUAGCCAACUCCUUCCUCAGCAUCAAAAGGAAACUCGAGCACUGCCACGAUGAAAAUAAGUGCUUGUGUGGACAGGAAUCCACUGAGAGAUUUAAGCAGAUACUUGUGAACUAUGAAGGGCUGAAUGUCACAUCAGCAGCAAUGAAAUCCCUGGGCGAGCUGGACAUCCUGCUGGACUGGAUGGAGAAAUCCCCAUAGUGAGGAACCGGGUGCUGACAGAGAUGCUGAGGGGCUGCACACCCCAUGAAUGCACUGUCCCAGAACCAUUUCUAGAUGACUGCUUGAUCAAGCACUGAGUGUGCUGCCAGGCACAGGAACAGCCUCAUGCAGCCACAGGGUCUUGCAUUUGGAUGGCAACGUGGAGUUUGUUUGAAUCAACAGAGCAUUCACAUCUCUGACUUCCAUCAAACGACACUUUCCAAGGGGAGAAUUUUAAAGAGUUCUCUUGCAAGCAGGCAA